AUGGUCGAGUUGAUAUUCAACAAGAGGCACAGGAUGACCAUGUUUUUAACGUCGAUGUGCCACAACAGCUUGGCGAGUUGCGAACGCUGUUCCAACAGGCAACCCAACCGGCAUGGCGCCGCCCAGCCAGCAGGUCAAAUCGCAAAUGUGCAAGUAGCACUGAACGGCGCCGCUGGCCCCUUACAGCAAUACUUGCGUCUCGCCAAUCGCAUGGAGAGCAGAUUAACAAAGCUCGAAAAUAAUCAGACUCUCUCUAACCAGGACCUAUACGAGCUCGUCCAGGAUGCCCAUAAUGCCACACUCCAUUUCUCCACCCUAAAGCAAGAAAUACGGCCUCUAAUCAGACUGCUUGAAGAAAACUACAGCGCCCUGGUGGAGGGUUACAAGAGCGACAGGACCAAGUGUGCCACCACGGGCGCAAUUAGGGUCUGUGUCUUUGCCGCAGUGGCCAUCUUUUGGUGGUGGAACCCUGCCGGCUGGGUCGCAGUCGGUGCGUACGGUCUCGGCGGAGCGGCUGGAGGUGUAGGGGGUGGUGUUGCAGGCGCCGGUGCGCACAAGGUGUGGGAUAUAGAACGUGGGAAAGCCUUCGGCAAGAAGGACAGAGUAAGAGAAUUUGACAUUACCAUGAAGGAGCUAGACAGAUGCGCCAAUCAGGCCCGAAAAGCCAUUGUGACGGUGUUCUGUGCCCAGGUUAUGCAAAAGCGGCUAGAUGACACCUUGCCAGAACACGACAGGAGAACCCUUCUCGCGACGCUCGGCGUUGAUGUGGAUGCCGUGUCUAGUUCUGUUUAUAACCAGGAGCUCAUCUGCGACCGACUAAGAAGGUUUCGUGAGAACAACAGCAACCUACGGACCAGGAUGGAAAGAGUACAAACAGAUGUUAAUUUCGAAUUACAAACCACCGAGCAAGCUACAGAGGUAUGGAGACGGGCAGGCUAG